CCGCGCGGGAGGUCGCGGCUGCGGGCGCUCGCUGGUGGCGGCGGAUCCCGAAGCGGCUGCAGCGGCGCCGGGGCUCCCGCGGCCCGGGGCGACUCCGAUCGCGGGGAGCCAUGAGCGUGGACAAGGCCGAGCUGUGCGGGUCCCUGCUCACCUGGUUGCAAACGUUCCACGUCCCGCCCCCCUGUGCCAGCCCCCAAGACCUGAGCAAUGGCCUGGCUGUAGCCCAGGUGCUGAACCAGAUAGACCCAUCCUGGUUCCAUGACGCUUGGCUGCGGGACAUCUCAGAUGACCCAAGUCCCAACAGGAGGCAGAAGGUCAGCAAACUCACAGCCAUCCUGACGAGUCUCACGGAGUACACCCGGGAUGUCCUGGGCCACCCUAUUUCUCAGCAGCAAUGGCCGGAUGUAAAUCUCAUUGGUGAAUUCUCAGACCCCGUGGAGCUGGGCAAGCUGCUCCAGCUAGUGCUGGGCUGUGCCAUCAGUUGUGAGAAAAAGCAGGAACACAUUCAGAGGAUCAUGACGCUGGAGGAAUCGGUCCAGCAGGUGGUGAUGGAGGCCAUCCAGGAGUUCCUGAGUAAAGACACCCCGGAUGGCCUGUCGGCAGAGACAUAUGGCAACUUUGAUAGCCAGUCCCGCAGGUACUACUUCCUGAGCGAGGAUGCUGACGAUGGGGACCAGCUUCGCCAGCGCUGUCUGGACCUGGAGCGCCAGCUGGAGCUCCUGACGGAGGAGAAGCAGGGCCUGGCACAGGAGAAUGCGGCGCUGCGGGAGCGCGGGGCCCGGCCUACGGGCGAGGGGCCCCCGGAGCUCACAGCCAAGAAGCUGCUGCUGCUGCAGACACAGCUGGAGCAGCUGCAGGAGGAGAACUUCCGGCUGGAAAGCAGCCGCGAGGACGACCAGGCGCGAUGCGCCGCGCUGCAGCGGGAAGUGGCUGAGCUGCAGCAGCGCAACCAGGCCCUCACCAGCCUGGCCCACGAAGCGCAGGCGCUGCAGGACGAGAUGGACGAGCUCCGGCAGUCCUCAGAGAGGGCCGGGCAGCUGGAAGCCACCCUGAGCAGCUGUCGGCGCCAGCUGGGCGAGCUGCGGGAGCUGCGGCGGCAGGUGCGGCAGCUGGAGGAGCGGAACGUGGACCACGCGGAGCGCACGCGGCAGCUGGAGGAAGAGCUGCGGAGGGCCAGCGCCUUGCGCGCCCAGCUGGAGGCUCAGCGGAGGCAGGUCCAGGAGCUGCAGAGUCAGAGACAGGAGGAGGCUUUGAAGGCCGAGAAAUGGCUCUUUGAGUGCCAGAACCUAGAGGAAAAGUAUGAGUCGGUGACCAAGGAGAAGGAGCGGCUGAUGGCCGAGCGGGACUCCUUGCGGGAGGCCAAUGAGGAACUCCGCUGUGCACAGCUGCAGAACCGGGGACUGGCGCAGGCAGGGCCUUCAUUGGAUUCCACCGCACCCGCUGCAGAAAACUUGGCGGCGGAGAUUCUGCCUGCAGAGCUAAGGGAGACGCUCCAGCGGCUCGAGCUGGAGAACAAGCGGCUGUGCCAGCAGGAGGCGGCGGACCGGGAGCGGCUGGAGGAGCUGCAGCGACACCUGGAGGAAGCCAACCGCGACCGGCACCGGCUGGAGACGCAGCACCGACUGAACCAGCAGCAGCUGUCGGAGCUGCGUUCGCAGGUGGAGGAGCUGCAGAAAGCCCCGCAGGAGCAGGGGGGCAAGCCCGAGGACGUGAGUGCUGCUUCCUCCCCACCUGGCCCCCCCUCGCGCCCCCCAGUAACCCUCCUCUCUCUCCCCACCGCUGCCCGGUGCCCUGGGAAGUCCACUCCUACCGUACUGAAGAGGAAGCUAGAUGAGCACCUGGAGCAGCUGCAGCGGGAGGAUGUGGAGCUGCAGCAGAAACGCGAGUACCUCGAGGAGCUGGAGCCACCGUCGGAUAGCACCCGGCGCAUCGAGGAGCUGCAGCAAAGUCUUCAGAAGAAGGACGCGGACCUGCGCGCCAUGGAGGAGCGCUACCGGCGCUACGUGGACAAGGCGCGCACAGUCAUGCAGACGCUGGAACCCAAACAGGCCCUCCCUGCUGGGCCAUCCCCAGAACUUCACAGCCUGAGGACGCAGCUGCGGGAGCGGACAGCGCGUAUCCGGAAUCUAGAGAUGGACUUUGAAAAGAGCCGCAGCCAGCGGGAGCAGGAGGAAAAGUCGCUCAUCAAUGCCUGGUAUAACAUGGGCGUGGCGCUGCAGCAGCGAGCGGGUGAGGAGCGGGCCCCCUCGCAUGCCCAGUCUUUCCUGGCCCAGCAGCGGCUGGUCAUCAAUGCCCGUCGAGGACUCCUGGGGCGCCAGGCGGCCCUCAGCGCACGCCCCCUGGACAAACUCUGAGGGAUCUUGGGAGCCUGCCAUCACCCUCCCAGCCAGUCAGGUCCGAUCCACCCAGAAGCCGCCCCCCUACCCCAAUUCUUGUGGGGCAGAGAGGGGCACCUGCCUCCCCAACUGCGCCAGCAUCCUGAAAGUUGGGACCAAGGGGACUAGGGUGGCUGGAGGUAGGUAUGGACAGCCAGAGCCCGCAACAAUGUGAUUCUGACCCCCUGAUUUUGUAUUGAAGAAGAAAAUUAAGGACUUUAAUCUGGGCACUGUGAUUAGAGCCUCAAACAUUGCUUUGAAAGA